AAAGAUUUUGCACGUGCGUAUAAACCCAGAGAAACCCUCUCAAAACCUCGUCGUUUCAAGCUUCUGCAUCUUCUCACUCGUAGAAUUUUGUAGUCUGAGAAUUUGGUUCGUUAGAUCAAUAUUUGAUCUCUGCACAUUCUUCACGAGCUUCAAAACUUCGAUUCAACUGUUGCAUUGAUGUUUAAGAUGCCUCCUCAAAAGGAUCCAGAUAAGUUCUUCAUGUCUAUCAGUAAUGGAGAGAAUAAGCAAUUUGACUAUUUACGUGCUUUAUAUGAGGGUUGCAUUGCUGGAGGUGUUGCUGGUGUUGCUGUAGAAGCAGCUUUAUACCCCAUUGAUACCAUCAAAACACGGCUACAGGUUGCUCGUGCUGGACUAAAAAUUGAUUUCAAAGGUUUGUAUUCUGGAUUGGCUGUAAACCUUGCAGGGUCCUUACCUGCUUCUGCAAUUUUUAUUGGUGUGUAUGAACCAGCAAAGCAGAAAUUGCUGGAGAUCUUUCCUGAGAAUCUAAAUGCUCUGGCUCAUAUUGCUGCAGGUGCUAUUGGAGGAGCCGCUUCUUCUCUUGUUCGUGUUCCAACUGAGGUUGUUAAGCAAAGGAUACAAACCGGUCAGUUCAAAUCAACCUCAUCUGCUGUCCGUCUUAUCAUUGCUAGUGAGGGUUUUAAAGGUCUUUUUGCGGGAUAUGGAUCUUUCUUAUUGCGAGAUUUACCAUUUGAUGCUUUAGAAUUGUGCAUCUACGAACAGCUCCGUAUUGGGUAUAAAGUAGCGGCAAAAAGAGAUCUGAAUGAUCCAGAGAACGCUAUGAUUGGAGCUUUUGCUGCUGCAAUAACUGGAGCAGUUACAACUCCACUUGAUGUAAUAAAAACCAGAUUGAUGGUUCAGGGAACACAAAAACAUUACAAUGGCAUAUGUGAUUGUGUUAGGACAAUAGUUAAAGAAGAAGGAGCUAAUGCUCUUUUUAAGGGUAUUGGGCCAAGAGUAUUGUGGAUAGGAAUAGGUGGUUCAAUAUUUUUUGGCGUUCUUGAGAAGACAAAGAAAGUUCUUGCUCAGAGGAACCCUCAAACUGAUGCUGAGAAGUGAGUUAUUAUCAAGUCAUGCUUAAGCUGAAGAUGUUGCAGUGCAUGGAGUCACUUCUUUUCUUGUUCAACUUCUUUCUCUCCUUCAUCCCUCAAUUAGAAUUUGGGCUGCAAUUAUAAAGCCUGAGUAAAUUUGGGCCAAUCUGGAGCUUUCUCUCAAAGGCUAACAAAGCACAAAUGUAAAUUCAUUUUUUUCUUCUAGAAAAUGAUUUAUUUUCCAUUCAAACACAACUGAAAAAAAAAUUCUUAAAGAAAUGUUCUAUGUUGUUUAAGAGAUUUGAGAUUAACAAAUUCAAAAUUAAUAUUUACACAAUUUUCUUUUAA